UAUGUAUCAACUGCUGUUGAAUUUGGUGGUCACACACACACACACACAAGGUUUCCCAUUUGCCGUUUUCAGUUCCAAACCGUUAAGCGAACACUCUUUGCCGAUUUCCCAUUCCGGCAUGUCUUCUUCAUCUUCUGACUCAGGGAGCGAUCCGCCACACGAAACGAUAUGUCUGAAGUGCCACCUGAAGCCGAUUGAGUUCGAGACGGAGAGUUGCCAUCACCUGUGUUUCUGCAAAGCGUGUGCCAUGAAAUGCGCGUCUGGUGGGAAGUGCAAGACAUGUGGCCAGUUUUACGCUGCACUGACCCGCGUACGAAGGUAA